UCUCGGCGGCCUCUCACGAUAUGAGUAAAGCAAUUGAACAGUCUUUGACAGGACUGAUACCCACACUCAGUGGGCCUCUUCCUCCAGACUUAAUCAACCUUGCGCUCGCGCUUCUCACCCAGUCGCGAAGCAAAGCCAGCAGUCUCAAGCCGGAAGAGGAGAUCGCGCGUCCGUACGCGUGCGCGCAAAUAGCGUGCGAGAGAUUGAAGCAACGCCUCGAUUUACCAAAGAUAGUCUCACGUCCACCAUGCGCCCCGCCGGUCUACAAGAAACUCCACGCAUACCUCACAACCGUUCUCCCCCAACGACAGAAUCGUAGCGCUCCAUCAACACCACAGAAAGUAAAUAAGACCACAAAGACGCCCAUCCAAACCCCUUCGCGGCGCACACCGGCAAAAGGAACCCCUCAACAUCCUACACCUUCAAAACGCGGUGUAGGUACAUCUAAGAAAGCAGCGAACGAUGAUAAUGGGGCUCCCGAUUGGUUCUUGCCCGCUAUACGACAUCUCUGCAAGGCUUUCUCCAAGCCCGCAGCUACACCACAUGUAUAUACAGGCGUAUGCACCAUCCUCGCCCUCCAGAAUACUCCUCAGACAGCUACAACACCACGCGCGAGCUCUCGCGCUCGACGCGCUACAGCGGCGCCAGCUCCGGCACAACCGGAACCAAUAACGCAAAGCCAAACACCAGCCCUCAUUGCUGUACUACUCCUCUACGUACUUGCGCGGAUGUCCGACCAAGAGACCACACCGGAAGAUUUCAUGCAGCAGCGAGAUAAGACUGUAGAAGUGCUCUGUGGGAUGGAUGCGGCGGAACAGACAGACGAGGAAGAAAUGUUAGCUGAUAUAGAUCGGUUCAUGCGAUUGGCGCAAAGCGAUGGGUGGGUUCAAAUGGAGUGGUAUCUGAACAUCGUAGCCGGAGAAGCAGAGGAUGAAUUGGGCCAAGAGAAUGGCGCAAGGGGCGACGGCGAUGCUGUUGUUGGUCUAAGGAGGCGGCAGCGAAGAACGGAUGUGGAUAUGCAGGACUAUGGCGAUGGCGAGCGACUGGAGAUCGGGCUAGGCACCAUGAUGCAGGAGAAACUCGACUACUUCAGCGAGGAACGGCGGCUUGAGUAUUUGGAGUGGAAGGAGGGCUUCCUGGCACGCGUCGAACAGCUCGAGAGAGAGCAAGCUGCAGCUAGGAGGAGAGGCGACGAGAUGGAAUUGGACUCCUAAAGCUCAUCAAACGAUAUCACGAAAUUACGUAGUAUGAAAGACAUGAUAUAUCGGUU